GCCUCGGGGCUGCGUGCGCUCCCUGCGCCAGGCGGAGCUUCCGGAAGGGUGGCCGAGCUCCCAGGCCUGGGAAUCCCAGAAAAUCACUCCAGGGCGCAGACCUGCAAGGACGCCUGGCCCGCUGUCUGGGGAGUUGUUGGCGAUUACCCGGCCGAGGACCAGCCUGCAGCUCCCGGUCCCCCAAGCAUCAGCUAGCUCUUGGGGCGCAAGGGCCGGGGCAGCCCAGGCCUGGCCUCCACUUCCAGGCACAUACGAGGACAGCACCGCGGUUUUGCCGGGUGUGCAGUUGGGGGUUGCAGGCUUGUUAAAUCUCCACUUCUGGCUGGCUAGGGACUGAAUCCAGCCCACGCCCACUAAAGGUUGCCCGGAGAGGGGGCCUUCUGGUGCCAGCCCCUCCCGGACCGAGCUCUUCCUGGCAUGCAGAUCCUGGCCUCCCCUGACCCUGCGAGCCUCAGUCUUGGGCUACGUAGUUGAACAACUCAGAAAGCUGCUCACCAGAAGUCCACUUAGAAGCUACACAGGAGGUCCCUGGGGACCUGCGAGAAGGCUUUUCAUGGGGUAUAAAGUAGUGGAAAACCUGUUUAAAAGCUGACUUAGAAUGCUUCGCAAGCUUGGGAGCCGAGCAGCCAAGACCCCAUCCCUAAAGCCUGCCGGAGCGCGUGCCUGGACCAGAGGAGAAUCGCAAGAGCGCCGAUCUCAGCAGGAAUGAAGCUGCCGGUGAAGUUGCGCCUGCCCUGCAUUUGCUAAGAAAGAGCUGUUCUUUUUCACGUGCACAGAAGCAUUUGCAGGCUCCUCCUGACAGCCUUCGGAGGAUGUGAAGACAGCUGCAAGGUAAAGCAGUGCUCCCUGUCGCCUGCCCCGUCCGCUAGGAUGUUUCUCAUGAACGCCCCUCCAGUGGUCGCACUCCAGUCCCAAUGGGAGGCCUUCAGCCCGCCGGGGAGCUUUAGGUUUCCCGGGUGCUUCUCGGAGUCAAAAGAGGACAUUGCCAGAGCCUCAGUGAGCGCCAAGGUGCAGAUGAUCAUCAGCACGCUGCAGCAGCAGGACAGGGUGUCCCUGGGCAUGAGCAAUGAGCGCCUCGCACAGAGGAGCCAGAAGGCAGAGAGGUGCCGGGACACCAGGCCGGCCACCAGCCUGGCCGUGUGCAGAGAGCAGGCCCCUUCCCUCACUGCCUGUGGCCUUGCCACCCGCUGUGACCGCCCAGGGGAAGGGAAGGCUGCAGACUUCGGGCCCCUGGUGCUGGACUCGGACAGCGAUGACUCCGUGGACCGGGACAUCGAGGAGGCCAUCCAGGAGUACCUGAAGGCCAGGAACGGAGGCUCACAGUCUGGGUCUGGGGCCGCCCCGCCUGGCAGGGUCUCGGCUGGGGGCAGCAGGGGCAAACUGGAGCCUCCCCACAGCAGCACCCCACCUGCCCUGGGUGCCCCCAAACUUGCCCCUGUCUCCAGCAGUGUUUCUGGCGGCUCUGUGGGGGCUGGCGAGGACCAGGGCUCUGUCUCCCCUGUCAGCGUGAGCAGCGAGGACUCCUUUGAACAGAGCAUCCGAGAGGAGAUCGAACAGUUUCUGCAUGAGAAAAGACAACAGGAAAACCCCAGAAGUGACGGGUCCCUGGACAAAGGCCCAGACCCAAAGGAAGACACAGCCAGAGCAACACUGAAAUCCAACAGAGAGCCCCCACUCAGGGUGGCCCCUCGGCAGGACCUGAGGGGAACGGCGAAGGAGUUUGUCUUCCGUAAGCCUCCCCGGGUAGGGAAGAUGAGCUCGCAGCCCCGGAGCCUCCGGCUUAAGGUCAGCCCGGAGCCAGAGACUAUGGGCGGCACAAGGCCGGCUGUCUCCAAACCAGAGGCGGCACAGAGUAAAGGUGGGGUGCGGAGGAGCGCAGGUGCCGGGCGCAGGGCCAGGCAGACGAGGAGCCCGGCCCUGGUGCAGGAGGUGUCAGACUCCAGCAGUGACGAUGGCAUCGAAGAGGCCAUUCAGCUGUACCAGCUGGAAAAGACCCGGAAAGAGGGCAGUGGGGAUGCGCUGCCGAGAGCCCAGCUCAGAGAAGAGAUGGUGCCCGGCCCUCCCGCCGGUGGCACAAGCAGCGCCGGGAAAAGUGCCUUGUGUGAGGCCCACCGGAGGGCACCAAGCAAGAAGAAGCCAGUAGCCCCAAAAGCUGCAGACCCUGGCCUGGGGGUCCUGGAGCUGGACCCCUCCUCCAAGCUCGUGAAGGACCCCAAAGCUCCCGCACCUCUGGUAAGCACCAGCACCAGCGCUGAGUGUGUGGAACGGGCAUUGUGCCGGGCAGAUACAUCCGCAGAGCUGAUGUGUGCUGAAGCAAUCCUGGACAUUUCCAAAACCAUCCUGCCGGUCCCUGUGGAGGACAGCGCCGGGCCUCCCUCUGCCAAUCCGUGCUUGCGUCACCCAGAUGUGCCUUCCCGCUCCGACGGCGACAGCAGCUCCGUGGACAGUGACGACAGCAUAGAGCAGGAAAUCCGCACAUUUCUGGCUCUCAAGGCCCAGUCCGAGAGUAUGCUGGCCAGAGCCGAAAGCUUCCUGCAGCCCACGGAGGGCCCGCUGCUGCCACCUGGCCCCAACAGCCAGGCCGGGGAUCCCAAGGCCCCGCCGUCUAAUAAAACACCGGACCUGUCACCAAGCUGCAGAAGGAAACGGAGAGGCGGCAGCAAUGCCGUGAGGCCAUCCAUACCCAAGAAGACGAGGGAGGGGAGAGAAGGUGCCCAGGACGGUGACCACAGCCUGAGCAGGGCUCAGCCUGGCCAGGAUGUGCGGGACCCACCUGGCCAGGGAGAAGCCGGCGAGGUACCAGGAAGGGAGGGUGAGGCCAGGGCCCCACCUGCCCCCGCCAGGACGGUCGGCCUCAGGGACUUGGGCCUGUCUCAAGGCCCCAGGGCCGCCGGGCAGGCAGAAGAAGGACAGGGUGUGGGCGAGAAGGAGAGCUCGGAGGACAAGAGCAGCUCGCUGGACAGCGAUGCGGACCUGGACACAGCCAUCAAGGACCUGUUACAAUCCAAGCGGAAGCUGAAGAAGAGGAACAGGGACCCCCGGGCUGCCUGCAAGAAGAAAGUCAGGUUCAGCACCACCGAGACGCGGUUCGUGGAUCCACUGGGGGGCCUCCCUGGACACUGGAAAGACAGAGGCCCCCGGGUGCUGCAGAGCUGCCUGUCGAAGUCCAGCCGGGACAGCAGAGCUGGCCCGGGGAGGAGACCACCAGGCGUCCUGGGCGGUUCAGCGGAGGUUAUAAAGUCGGCCAGCCUGGGGGACGAGGAUGCGGCCCCAGCCUUCCCACAGCGGAGGGCCCCAGAGGGGACUGUGUUCUCCAGGGAGACGGGAGCCCGAGACCCUGCCUGCUCGGCCUGCAGCCCCAGCUCCCUGUCUGAGGAUAGUUCGGUGGACAGUGACGACAGCAUCGAACUGGAGAUCCAGAAGUUUUUGGCAGAAAAGGCCAAGGAGUCAGUGAGCCUUUCCGAAAUUGAAGGAGCAGCCCCCACUGUUCUUGGAACAGAGGGUCCAGCCAGGCCAGAGGUGCUUUGCCGGAAAGAGCUGGCCCCGGGCCUGCAGCGUGGUGUGUGCACACGCAGCCAGAGGGCCAGGGAGGCCCCUCCACCUGCAGAGGGACCGAGGGCUGCAGAAAAAGCUGGGCUGCCAGGCACAGCCAGCCUCUUCGUUCCAGGCCGGAAGGGCACCCCCCGCACCGAGAACGUCCCCCGAGUCCCUGCUGCUCCGGGCAGGUGUGAGCCGGCGCUUCCCAAGAGCACCAGCGGGACUGUCUCUGCCAAAGUUUUCCCUGCAAGCCGGAGAAACGCUUAUGCUCACAAAGACCAGAGCCCGCGAGGGGCUGAGCCUGCCGCUGCCGAAAGCGUGUUUGGCCAGCUGCCCAGCUGUGCCAAAGCGGCAGCUGAGGCCGGAAGCACCGGGAGAAAUUUUCACCUGAACUAUGGGAGCCAGAGCUUGCUGACCCCCAGCCCAGGACCCCAGGUCGACCUCUCUCUCCCCUGGAGUGACCUCGCUCACCAGAGCAGGCUGCCCAGCCUGUGGGCACUGAACUCGGACGUUCGGGACUCGACGUGGACCGGGGGCCUUGGGGCCGAGAGAGAGAGGGCAGCUGAGGCACAGGCCAAGGGCGCACCAGGCCUCUCCUCUGACCCCAGGAAGGGCCCAGCCUUUCCGGGCUUCUCCUCCCUGCUGUCCUCCCAGCUCUUUCACUUUGGGAAGAGCAUCCCCUGGGGAGGGAUGCGGCCCGGGCUCUUCCGCGCCCCCCUGGGCCUGCCUCUGCAGGGCCCCUCCUUCUCUACCUUCAGGGAGACCCCCACUGGCCAUGGCCCUGUGUUUGGGAGCCCGCACCUGCUUGCGAGGAAGGAUGGCAGGCACUGGCCCCACAGGAAGGCCCAGGCCAGGCUUGCUUUGCAGAACAAGAAGAACUCGGGCUCAGAGGAGAACAUUUUCGACCUGAGGUAUCAACGCAGGGUCAUCGACAGGGACGACCAGGACCAGGAGGCCUUGGGCAGUGAUGCCAGCGAAUUCAGUGACACUUCUGUGGAGGACAGUGGCGGCCCCUCCGUGGUGAAGGGCAAAGUCCUCAAGUUGUGAUGGGUUUCCUGUUUCUGGUUGCAUUUGAGGACAGCAGUGGGCGUGUGCGUGCGUGCGUAUGUACGUGUGUGCGUAUGUACGUGUGUAAUCGAAGUCACAGAGGGAAAACUGGAGUCCCUUAUAUAUAGAUAGCACUGUACAUAUGUACACUAACAUGAAACGGAUGUUUUUAUUUAGCAUACGUGUCCCAGUAAAUAUGGUUUUUGUAGCUUUUUGUAAAUUAUUUAAAGUGCUGUAAAAAUAUUUUUUAAAAAUACGGUUGUUCGUUAUUGUAACUGCAGUUUUCUGUGUUCAGCGUACAAGUUCUAGAUGAGCAAACACUUGGUGGUUAUGUUACCGUGAGGGCCAGAGACAACCCGGCCCUGGUGGGCGGCUGGCUGGUGUGGAACCUGCCCUCUGGGGAAGCAGGGAAGUGCGUGCCCGAGGUGCCCAUCGGGAAGCUCCUGGGACAGUACUGAAGGACGCCCGGUGCCCAGGCCAGCUCCCUUCCUCUGAAAACUGCAGCCGCAGCCUUCGAAAGCACAAUGGCCGCUGAGCACACUGCCCCUUCUCUGCCUCACGUGGGAAUCAGCUGAGACCCCAGCGGUGCUCGUUCUGCGACGGCUUGGUCUUCCGGUGUCUGGCCCGUCCAGUCCCUGGAUGCCCUGAGCACCUCAGUGAUCCUCUCUGGACCUGAGAGCCGCUGUGAUCAUUUCAGUCAUGGUUCUGAAUGGUAACUGCACACGUGCGUGGUAAUGGUCCUGUCCUUGCGGUGUGCGCACGAGUGAAUAAGCACAGAGGCUAGGUGUUCGGUCCCCACAUGCUGUGGUCACCGCCGACGGAAACCCAGUACUGAGGACAAGCCUCUCCAGGACCUGAGCCAGCGAGGUCACAGUGGUGGCCCUUGUCCUUGGUGUUAAGGUCUCUGCCUUCCCAGCCCUCUGCUCUGGGGCAGAGGCGCCACCCAUGGCUCCUCUGGGGACAGAGCCGUUCUGGGCACCGAUGGUAACGAGGUCUGCAUUGUGACUGUCACUCACCCAGGUGCUGCACUUGCUGUUGGAGUUUAGCUGCGGUGCCGUCUACUCUGUAGCUGAAUUUGGUCAGUGUUCUCAGUUGGGAGUGGAUUUUCUAGCCCUGUGCACCUGGCUAAUUCAUUUCUCUGCCCAAAUGCGGACCCACGCCCUCUGCUGUGCACGGCGCACCUGCUAGGUUGGAGGUGUGUGGAGCCGGACCUGCUGUCCCUUUCUGUCCUGAGCCGUCUCGAUGUACUUGUGACAGCUUCGUUGUGGCAUCUUUGUUCACUUAAGUGCUUCUGGGGGGAAAAAGACAGCUCCAUGUAAUCUGUGCUGUACCUUUAAUUAUUUUUUAAGUGCUUUGAACCGUUGCAAAAAGAAAUCAGCUUGUUUUGUAUAUAAGGACUUUUUUUUUUAAUGAAUAAAUCCAGCACUCCCCACAAAUGAGCUUGUGUGGUCUGUCUACUGUGUCUGCAUGAGCAGCCUGGUUUCUGCAAGGUGUUGGAACCGCAGGUCCAACACCAGGGGACCCUGGUGACUGCCAG